UAAAAAAAAGCAGUAAAGGGUGGGUUUGAGUGGGGGAGUGAUCGGUUCGUUGCUGGAUUGAGCGCGAGGUUUGUCGAGAGGCAGGGUGACAGAGGAGUCGGGUUCGAGUGGGGGGAGGCCGUAGGAGCCGUGGAACUUGGCGAGUUGGUUGCAGGAGUUCCAUGGCGCUGAGGGGGAAGAUCGGUGUGUGUUUUUAGACGGAGAGAGGUGGUGUGCGUGUCCGGGGGGGUACGAUUUUGGCGGUCGAAUAUUGCCAUGUGCAAGUGGGUGCGAGUGUUCUAAAAUUGGCGUUUGAGCAAUUGCAAAAAAAAAAGAACGAUUCGCACAUUUUUCUUGCGUGUUGCUCAGUUUGUGCACCAAUUAAAAUGAGAAGGCAUCCACCCACGUUCGACGUAUCCAAACCCAAGUACUCGUACUCGCCCAAGGGGAGUUUUCACAGAGGAGGGGGGCAUGGGCACAGAGAUGUGGCGCAGAGACAGAAGUUUAUGAGCUCGUCGAUCAUCUUGAAUGGAUCUGUCUAUACGAACCACUAUGAAGCCAUGCUGUUGCCAAGAAGCAUAUACGUUAUGGGGAUUAGCUUCGAGGGAAAUUAUAUGGUGUUGAAAAAGGUGUUGGAGAUGCUCGUGGAGUCGGUGUAUGGUCUUCAGGUGGAUACGUUUGCGUAUAUCGAUGGGACGUACGUGUUUACCAACCGCUGCUUUGAGACCAAGAGCUACACGUUUUCGUACGACGGAGAGGAGCAUGUGCUGAGGGUGGUGAGCAUUUCGAAGGUGGAGGGGAACGAAUCCAUGACGCAGUUCUAUAAUGUGCUGAUUCGGGAGGGUUUGCUGAAGAUGAAUUAUAAAAAGGACCGAGACCGCUUUUUCAAAGAGGAGGUGACGCUGAGCUCCUUAUCGAACGAGUUGGGGAUCGAGUUGCGGGAGUCCGUGUUUGUCAGCAUGGGCGUUCGUGUCUUCAAGCAGCGUCCGAUGUGGGUGCUGAACAUUCACCCUAUGUACAAGGUAGAUAACGUACUUUCAUUGUACGAUUACUUGCAGACGAAUCCGAGCGCGGAUUUCAAGGACCAGAAAAUCCUGACAGUUUACAAUAAUCGGACUUAUGUAUUUGAGAAGUUCGAGUUUGGCAUGACGCCGAACAGCACGUUCUCGACCGGCAAGGAGUCGAUAAGUUUCUAUGAAUAUUAUAAAAAAAAGGGGAUUGAAAUAAAGUCGACCAACCAGCCCAUGGUGCUGGCGAGCCAGAGGAGCGGCAAGGUCCACCUGGUUCCGGAAAUGUGCCGCCUGAAGGAGCUGCCACAGAGGGCGAAGGAGAGGUUACCGAUCGUAUCUUCCUUGAAGCCCAUGAGCCGAGUCGAGAUGAUUCGAAAAAUUGCGGCGGAAAUCCGCAAUUCGAGUUUGGGUGAAUUUUUCCAUUUGUCCGACGACUUCCUCGAGGUCAAGCAUGUGCAAGUUCCCAAGCCGUUCUUGCUGUACUCGGGCAUCCGUUACCCCGUCGAAGCGGCCAGUUCCAUGAGACAGUACGUGCAGAAGGUCAACUGGAGAGAGCAGAACCUGGGCGGUCCUUCCGACUUUUUGGUGUUAGCAUUAUACGACAGAAGAAUGAGAGGUUUGGACAACCGCACGAUCGGCAGGUAUUACGAUGAAAUCGUAGAAUUGUUCAGGUCGAGAACGUCGUUUUCGGUGCACCAGCAGAGCCCUUUGCCCUUCUCUUCGAACAAUUUGUCCCAGGUCCUCAACGAAGUGGUGAAGUACCAGAAGUCGGAAAGGGUCGUCCUCCUGGCUUUUAUCUCCAAAAACGACAGCCAUUGUUACAACAUGAUAGCCAACCACUGCGCCCACCGAUGCAUAAUUAAGCAAUGCAUACUUUUCGACCAGGCCUCCAAGAGCAAAAAGCUCGCCUCGAACUCCGCAAAUUCAAUAAGGGACAACAUCUUUCGCCAGGUGAUAAACAAACACGGAUAUGUCUCUUACAGACUGGACAUGUACCAAAAACUGAGCUUUUCGUGCCACCAGUACUUUCUGGUCGUCGGCAUCGACGUUUACCACUCCUUCAACCUGCGGGAGGGCCGGCAAAACGACUUGCCCAGCAAGGCCGCGAUCGUCGCCAAGGCGGUCACCGAAUCCGGAGUUUACUUCAACUCGUAUAUUGAGGAUUUGCCUCAAAGUACCGAGCGCCUCAGCCCAAGGAGCAUGGAAGCCCGUCGGCACUCGCUCACCGACUUCAUCGAAGAGUGUCUGAAUAGUAUGUUCCCCCCCUCCACGAGGUCCUCCGUCAUCGUCCUCAUCUAUCGAGACGGUCUCAACGAAACCCAAAUCGAGUCCCUCAGCAAAGAGGAAAUCAACGCCGUCAAAAAAGCCAAUUGCGCGUUCAUUUAUAGCGUCGUCCAAAAAAGAACCACCACCCGCUUUUUCUUAUCGGACGAAAGCAAAACGCAAUAUGAAAACUUAGAAGAGGGCACUCUCAUCACCGACGCAACUGACAACCACGAGUACCCCUCCUUUUUCCUAGUCCCGGUCAAAACGAAUAUCUCGACCUCGAACCCGGUCAAGUACGUUGUCGUCCACAUGGACAACAACACCCUCACCAUGGACCAGUUCAGACGCAUCACAUGGGGCUUCCACCACACCUACCAAAACUGGCCAGGACCCAUCAAGAUCCCAGACGUCGUCCAAUACGCGCACAAGCUCGCCUAUUAUAUCGGCGAGACUAGGUGCCACACCCCCAUUAAUCAGGAAAUUAGGAAAAUGCUUUUUUACAUAUAAGCGAGCCAGCUCAAAAGCCCGCCCUGCCAAAAACCGCUUGCUAGGCCAGUUUUUUUUUUUCCGUUACGACACGCCAAAGAACGAGAGAAAAAAAAAAAGAGAAUCAUGAGUUCUAUCCAGCCUGUAUUUAAUUAGCGCGCUUAGCUGCCGCCUUCUUACGCGAGCGGGGUUUGAAAGAGUUGAGAUAGGAGAGAAGCCUGAAGAAAUAGACCUUCAACGGCCUAUAGGCGAAAUAUAAAAUGACGGCAGUUAUGGCAAGCAGCAUGCACAAGCUGGUGGAUCAGGCAAGGUUAACGUAAGUCAUCACGUCGACUUUUGGUUCCGAAGAGGAAGACAAAAAAAAAAAAAACGUACCCUAUCCAGUCGGCAUAAGAUGGAGUGUCAACGAUUUUGAUUUCUUUCUGGCAAAUAACCGAGCUGAGUCCUUGUCGGCCAUCUUCCGUGUAGUUGGCGUAUACAGACAAGACGUAGUCUUGAGGGAUGAUCAAGUUGUCUAUGAAUAGAUAGUACUCUAUGGUACCUCUCGUGUUCCCUGAAACGGGUUGUUUGAAAUCAUUGGGUCUGAACUGAAAGGCGAGAGGCGGGUUAAGAAGUUGAGCCGGAAGAGGCGCUGCUUGCCCCUUUCAGGGCCGCGUACCAUUUUGAUUGGAGUGGAGGGAGACGAAAUCAAACUGAGGCUUGCACCGAUGGAAACAAUUUCGCAAUCACUUUCUCCAGUGUUGUGCACACCGACGAGAAUGCUGGUGAACGAGUCGGGAUAGAAGACUUGGUCGUGGAAGCAAGAGGGUCAACAAAAGGUGUGAAAAGUCUGAGAAUCGUUUUUCAAAGGAGAGCAGAGCGCUGGGAGAGGUCGUCUGCGCCUCGCGUACCAUAAUCAGCGUUUUUGUGGAACACGGCCGAGAAAAUGAGAUUUGAGGACUGCCCUUCUGACGCCGAGUUGGGUAUUACGAUGCUGGCAUCCUCCGCAUUGACGCCAAGCGCUAAACAUAUUUGUGCAAUAGAUCGAAAGCAGAGCUGUUAGCCGGGGCAAAAGAGAGGGGGUCAGAGAGUCGCGGGGAUUGCGCUUACCCAGUAAGAAGCAAAAAAUAUACACAAAAAAAACGCGAGGCGAGCAGCAUAUAGCCCCUUCGUACGUAUAAUAACGUGUGUGCGAGUUACGAGCAAAAGGCCUGCUGAAGAUAUUUUUUAUUUAAGAGUGGUGACAGGGCUAAAAAAAAAAUAAAAAUAAAUUUUAGGCA